UUGAGAGCGAGGCGUCCUUCUAUUCCGCGACCAACGCACAUGUGUUUAUACAAACCUAUCACCAAAAUCCUGGAUUCUGAUUGUCUUGUUGACAUUUGUGUAUAAUUUGCUGUUGGAUUUUACCGUUAACAGAGAGUGGCAUACAAGAAUCAACCCAGGAUGUGGCCCUGUCUUUUAAUGGCGCUGCUAACGCUCCUACUUCAGCCGGCAUCUCCACAAACAGCGUCCCGCCUGGAGAGUAACCCCUGCACAAACGCCGCUACCUGUGGGGAGUGUAUCCGGACAUCAUCUGUGUGUGCCUGGUGCGCCUCGGAGACUUUCGACCAAUCCUUAUCCCGCUGUGACCUGGAGGAACACUUGGUGUCGUCUGGAGCCUGCAAAAGAGAGGACAUCCAGGCUCCUAGCUACCAGCUGAAUGUCACAGAGGACGCGUCAGUGCAGGGAGGAGACGGCACAGAAGAAGCUGUACAAGUACAGCCCCAGGCCAUCAGGCUGAGAGUCAGGCCUAAUGAGGCUGUGAAGUUCAAGGUUCAGUUCCGGCAGGCCGAGAACUACCCCGUUGACCUGUACUUCCUGCUGGACAUGUCGCACUCCAUGGUGAAGGAGAAGGACGCUCAGACCAGGCUCAUCAACCUCGGCAUCGCCAUGAAAAAUAGCAUGGUUGAGAUCACAAAAGAUUUCCGUCUGGGCUUCGGGACAUUCGUGGACAAGCUGGCGAUGCCCUAUGUCGCCUGGACACAGAAGAUGCUGGAGGACAGGUGCCCAUCUGGAGUCCAAUGUCGUCGACCACACGACUUCCAAAACCAAAUGGCACUGACGAAAAACAUGACCAUAUUUGCGGAUCGGAUGAGGGAAGCCCUUAGCAUGAUGUCCCAGAGUUUGGACGACCCUGAAGGGGGGAUGGACGGCAUGAUGCAGGUGCUGGCAUGUGACGACGCCAUUGGAUGGAGGAAGAGGUCUCGACGUAUGGUUGUGUACAGCUCCAACUCCUGGUUUCAUCUGGCCGGCGAUGGCAAGCUUGGUGGAGCCGUUGCCAUCAACGACGGCGAUUGUCACCUUGACGGAAGUGGGGAGUACUCAGGUUUUGACACCGUCCUUGACUACCCCAGUGUCAGUCAGCUGGCUAAGAAGGUGAAGGAUACCAGGACCAACGUCGUGUUUGCCGUCAUGGACAACGUGUACAACGUCCACCAGAAACUCAGUGGCUAUCUGGAGGGCUCAGCCAUCGACAUUCUAGCAGAGGCCUCUAAAAACAUCAUCGGCCCUUGUCAGAAAAAUUACGACCAACUUAGGUCAAAGAUUGAGUUCAAGCCAGUAAAUGCAGAAAAUGUACAAGUUACAUUCAAAUCUAAAUGUAACGGGACCAAAACCAGGAUAACAAACGAGUGUACGGGAUUAGAACUGGGGGAAUCCGUUGUGUUUGAGGUGGAGGUGAAUGUGUCGCCCGAGCUGUGUAAGAAGAAGACGCAUACGUUUGACAUAGCUGCUGUAGGUCUGUCCGAGAAGCUGACGGUUAACCUUGACCUUGUGUGCGAGUGUGACUGCGAGAAGCCAGGUCAAGAGCAACCAGCCAGCGACCUGUGUAGCGAGGGUAACGGUACAUUUGAGUGCGGUCAGUGCACGUGCAACCCCAACCGGUACGGGCGUGUUUGCGAGUGCGACGAGGACCAGCUAACCAGUCAGGAGUCCAUUGCAGAGUGCCAGAAAGACCCCAACAGCACAGUGGUCUGUUCGGGGCACGGGGACUGUGUGUGUGGAGUGUGUGAUUGCUACACCAUCGGGAUCAACACCGCCAGACGCUACAGCCGCAAAUACUGCGAGUGCAACGACUACGCCUGCGACUACUACGACCUUCAGCUGUGUGGAGGCCCAACACGUGGCGUGUGUAAGUGUGGGGAGUGUCAGUGCUUGACUGGAUACAAGGGAGAUAACUGUGGCUGCUCUACGAGGAACGACACAUGUGAAGCUGAGAAUGGCGAAAUCUGUAACGGUGAAGGCGAGUGUGUAUGCGGCAAAUGUGAGUGUCGACAGGGAACCAAGUACAUCGGCCCUACAUGCUCGGACUGUCCGACUUGCCCCUCCAAAUGCAGUCAGUACAAGUCGUGUGCCCAAUGUCUGGGGUUCGGCACGGGGGAGUAUGACUCAGUCAGCUGUUCGCGAGAGUGCACCAUGGAGUGGGAAAAGCAGGAGAAAGUUGAAGAUCGUCCCCAGGACGGCAUCAAGAUGUGUCGGUCUAGUGGUGAAGAUGGGUGCCUCAUACUCUACAGCUAUGAAUAUAAUGAACAGAACGAGAUUGUGCUCAAGAUUCAAGAGAAGAAAGAGUGUCCCAAAGAGGUUCCUGUGAUGGCCAUCGCCCUGGGCAUCCCUUUCGCCAUCCUCAUCAUCGGCAUCCUCAUCAUCCUCCUCAUCCUCUUCAUCAAAAGGAGAAGAGAAGCCAAGGAAUACGCGGAGUUCCUGAAAGUGUCAAAGAAAGCCAAAUGGGAGUCUGAGAGUAAUCCUAUUUACCGGGACCCCAAGUCAACUUUCCAGAACCCAACAUACAAAGCACUCAAAGAAAAGGAAACACUUCUGGAACAAAAUUAAAGGAUCACUGGAGCCAAGGGAACAAUGUAUUUACAGCCCAGAACAAACACGACUUGGCUACGUUGUGUCGUCAGCAGUGACGUAGUUGUUGAUGCUGACGGAGAAGGUGCUACACACCCUGGGGAAGCUGUGACGGAGUGGCAAUGACAAUCAUACCCUACACGUGCAGGGAUAUGCAUGGCCGUUAGUCCGUUAGUCCGAGACGAGUUACAAUCUAGAUGGACUAAUUGUUUUCUCACAAAGGUUAUUCUAUGUAAGGCAUUAGUCCGGGGUGAGUGGCUGACUCGUAUGACAAAUGGUUCCUAGCUCUGCAACUAUCCGGGUGUUUCUGACCCAACACACUAGACUUCGUCUGGGACAGCUCGGAACCAUUUGACUGACACAGUAAUACCCUCUUCAUUACGCUCACAAACUCUUUAUAACCACACAGUGGUACACGACAUAUAUACAAUAGGACCCCUUACAUACCAUACGAUAGAACCACUUUCACACAAUCUAAUAGAGUCCCAUUCAUACCUACAAAAAAAACCCGAAAUGACAGAAAAUAGAAACCCUUACAUACCAAUAAACAGGGGCCCUUGCAUACCAUACAACAGAGCCCUUACACACAAAACAACAGAGUCGUUAACAUACAUAUCAACAGAGCUCCUUGUACACCAUACAACAAAGCCUCUCACAUACAAAACAACAAACCCUUACAUACAAAACAACAGAGCUCUUUACACAUAAAAGAACAAGAACAGAGUCCCCAACAUACAAAUCAACAGAACCCCUUGUAUACCAUAUAACAGAGCCCCUAACAUACAAAACAACAAACCGCUUACAUACAAAACAAUAGCUCUACCCCACCCACCACACCACACACCCCUCACACCCCGCUCACACACACACACACACACACACACACACACACACACACACACACACACCA